AUGCGAGUCAUGUCUCCUAUAACUCUGACUCUCCUGAGUGCAUUAAUAUGCUGUUCUUUGACAGACAAGCCACCAAAAGCUUCAUCUCCAAACAUCAUCAUCAUGCUCAUGGAUGACAUGGGUUGGGGGGACUUGGGGGUGUUUGGUCAGCCCUCUAAAGAAACACCCAACCUGGAUGCCAUGGCUGCUCAGGGCAUGCUGCUACCAAAUUUCUACACAGCCAACCCUCUGUGUUCUCCAUCCAGAGCUUCACUUCUCACUGGGAGGCUGCCUGUCAGAAACGGUUUCUACACCACUAAUGCCCACGCCAGAGACGCAUACACACCUCAGGAGAUAGUGGGAGGAAUCCCUAAGGAGGAGAUUUUGAUACCCCAGAUGUUGAAGAAAAAGGGCUACAUCAGCAAGAUAGUUGGCAAGUGGCAUCUGGGCCACAGACCUAAGUACCUGCCCCUGGAACACGGUUUUGAUGAAUGGUUUGGAGCACCUAACUGCCACUUUGGACCCAACAACAGCAGCAGAGUACCAAACGUCCCUGUUUACAACAACUCUGAGAUGGUUGGCAGAUUAUUUGAGGAAUUUGAGAUUAACAGGAAGACAGGAGAGUCCAACCUCACACAAAUCUACUUGCAGGAAGCUGUAGACUUCAUUCGCCUUCAGACUGAAGCUGAGCGGCCGUUCUUCCUCUACUGGGCACCUGAUUCAACUCACGCUCCUGUCUAUGCCUCCAAAAGCUUCCUGGGGAAGAGUCAGCGAGGACGGUAUGGUGAUGCAGUGAUGGAGCUAGACGACAGUGUCGGUCAGAUAUUGUCUCAGCUGAAGAGUUUGGGUGUAGACGAUAAUACCUUUGUCUUCUUCACCUCAGACAACGGGGCUGCCGUGAUGUCUGGCCCAAAUGAAAGUGGCAGCAACGGGCCGUUCCUCUGCGGGAAGGAGACCACCUUUGAAGGAGGCAUGAGGGAGCCCGCCAUUGCCUGGUGGCCUGGACACAUCAAAGAGGGCACGGUGAGUUUCCAGUUGGCCAACGUGAUGGACCUGUUCACCACCAGUCUGGCUCUGGCAGGCGUCAGCCCUCCUGACAACAGAACCCUUGACGGCCUGGACCUGACACCAGUUCUGCUAAAGGAACCACAGACAAUCCUAAACAGGCCAAUCUUCUAUUACCGGGGGAACGAGCUGAUGGCUGUGAGGCUUGGACAAUACAAGGCUCACUACUGGACCUGGAGCAACUCGUGGGAGGAACUCAAAAAGGGCAUUAACUUCUGUCCAGGUGAAGAGAUCCCCGGCGUGACUACUCAUGAGCAGAAAGAGCACACGAUGCAGCCACUCAUUUUCCAUCUGGGACGGGAUCCUGGGGAAAAGUACCCUAUCAGUGUUCUGAGUAAGGAGUACCAUGAACUGAGCAGGAUCUCUCCAGUUGUGGAGCAGCAUAAGAAGACCCUGGUGCCCGGGAAUCCCCAGCUCAAUAUGUGUGACGUGGCUGUAAUGAACUGGGCUCCUGCAGGCUGUGAGAAGAUAGGAAAGUGUCUCAAAGUGCCAAAGUCUGAGCCCAAGAAGUGUGACUGGCCACACUGAGAGCAGAAGUGCUGCCCCAGACACCAGGAUGAGGAAGCAGAACCUGAAGAUGUGCCUUUGCCACGCAAAAACAAACAAACUCAUUUUUAAAGGAUAGAGUUUUUAAUCAUUUGUAAAACGGGUUUUGCAUCUUUAAAACAAAACAUUUAAUUGAUUAUACAAAUCGGUUUUUUUUUUAAGUUUUUAUAUGAAUGAUCCAACAAAAGGUGUACAUGUGAAAACACAACAUUGUAUCAAAAGACUGUUUUUGUAAAUUUUCAUUCUAUUGAUAAAUUAAAGGGAAAUGUAUUUAUUAAGGUCAUGACUCAAAUAAUAAAGAUGUGGUGGAUUAUUG